AUGCUAAAAACCGCGUUUGUCUUGAUUUGUGGGCUUCUUGCCUUGAAUGGAGCUAUGGUCGAGAGCGAAUCCGUUUCGGAAGAUCCACUCAACCAAUGCGGAGGAUUCUGCCUCAGUGUAUUGACGCCGGUUUUAAAGACUAUUGCCAACGACCACCAAAAUUCCAGUGAUCCUAUUAAGGCAAAAGAAGUCCUGGUAAGGCAGUACACCAUGGAAAGGCAACUCGAUUCCUUGCUAGAAAAGCAAUCCAGUUUUGAAACCUUUCUGGAUACCCAACGAGAAACUCUUAAUAUAACCCAGCAAAACCAAACUGAGGGACAGAAUGAUUUGGAAAGACAACUACUAGCCAUACAUGAUAAAUUACAAAAACUGGAAGUUAAAAUAAAAUAUCUGCAGUACGAACAGAUUGGUCCAAAAUACUAUUAUAUUGAAAAAUACUCUGAAAAGGAUUGGUCCUCCGCCUCAAAAGCUUGCCGAUAUUUUGGAGGUCAUCUGGCUGAUAUUGCGAGCCAAAAGGAACUGGAUGAUCUUCAGGAAAAUCUCAAGGAAGAGACGCAUUACUGGCUAGGAAUUAGUGACUUGACGAAAAAAGGCGAAUACUUCUCCAUGGCGACCGGAAAGCAACCGACUUUUUUAAAGUGGGCUCCUGGUCAUUCUACUCAAUUGGAUACUUCUCACUGCGUAUUCCUGUAUAAUGGACAAAUGUACGAUUACUCCUGUAACUUUCCUUUCAGGUUUAUUUGCCAGACAGAGGAGGAUAAUUAUUAAAAUAUACAGCGUAACAUGCGAUGUUAUCAAUAAAAAUGUCUUUCAAAUAUUCGAUUUCUUAAAUUAAAUAUUUUAAAUUUUAAAAAAUUAUGUAAUACCUAAAGCUUAUCAAUAUUACUUUGUUACUUUAUGGUUACUAAAUAUACCUGCCUCACAUUUUGUUGCACUUUUAA